AUGCCUAAAGAUAUGUAUGAAAUGACGUGUGAGAGCCAAUCUGAAUGCACAUCAUGGCUCAGGUUAUUUAGAGCUUUUGAUUAUGAUCACGAUGGAUUCAUCCCUAAUCAAGAAUUACGGAAAGCUAUCCGUGAAUCAACCAUUUCCUUCGGGCUGACUAACAGAGAAAUUGAUGUCAUGACUGCCGAUAUUGACAAGAAUCUGGAUGGGAUGAUUGACUUUGCAGAAUUUUGUAUUCUGAUGAGUCGAAUUAAGGGUUUGUAUAUUCGACACGGAAUGUUCCGAGCUGGUCAGAUGGUAGUUCCUAAGAAACAUCGUACGACUUAUUUCAAUUAUCUGCAAAAAUAUCGAUGCUUCCCACCGCCUGUUUUCAUGUUCUUGAUCAGUUUGAUCCAGAUUGGAAUUUAUGCAUAUUAUGCCGUUGAAUCCGGUGAAGGCAUAUCAGUGAAUGGUCCUGUACCAACGAAAUCCCCUCUGAUCUUAAAUCCAAACCGAAAAACAGAAGUCUGGAGAUUUGCAUCAUACAUGUUCAUCCAUAUAGGCAUCUGUCAUCUAGUUUUCAAUGUAUUGACUCAGCUUAUUCUUGGUCUGCCCUUAGAAUUAGUCCAUCAAUGGAGGGUCAUAUUGGUUUACAUCGGAGGAGUUAUAGCCGGAUCGUUACUCGUAACUAUCGUCGAUCCAUAUGUCUACUUGGCUGGGGCGUCUGGAGGUGUUUAUGCUAUCCUGGCAGCUCAUCUAUCUGAGCUUAUCAUGAACUGGAAUGAAAUGGAGUUUAACUACAUAAGAGCUCUCAUCUUAUUCAUUAUGAUUGGGUCGGACGCAGGUUUUGCUGCUUAUCAACGUUUCUUCACAGACCGCACAGAGAAGGUUUCCCACCUUUCACACCUGGGAGGUUUCGUAGCUGGAUUACUAUUGGGAGUUCUUCUGCUUCGUAACUUCCGAAAACACCGUUGGGAACGAGUAAUCUGGUGGUUCAGUCUAACAGUCUUUCUCAUUCUGCUCUCAGCGUCCAUUGUUCUCAUCUGUUUUCAAAUCACAUUUUAA